AUGCUGACUUUUGAUGAAAACCUGGGAAUAGUAUACCUGUUACCAACUGUGGUUGGAUUCUUAGGGAACUGUUUCCUCCUCUUCCUAAAUACCUUUAAUUACCUCAUUGCUCAGAGAACAAGAGGUAUAAAACUCAUUAUCAUCCAUUUGGCCUUUUCCAAUGUCAUGGUGCUUCUCUUUAGGGGAAUACCUACUACAACAAGGCUUUGGAGGGUGAAAUGUCUCCUGGACAAGACUGGGAUUAAAAUCAUAACAUACAUGCAGACACUCACCCGGAGCGUCUCCUCAUGUAGCACUUGCUUCUUGAGUGUCUUCCAGGCCAUCACUAUUAGUCCCAACAACUCCAUAUGGGCACGGCUCAAAACGAGAGAACCAAAGGGCAUUAUUCCAUGCAUUCUUCUUUGCUGGCUCUUCAAUCCGCUAUUAUGUGUCAUUCUACUUCAAUACCUUGAUGGUCCAAAGAACAGGACAGAUAGUAAAUACGGUUGCAACAAUGGGUAUAGAUCUCUAGAUUUGAAUAAUAAUAAUCAUGUUAAAAUUAUUAUCAUAAUAUGUAUUUAUGAUACUUUCUUUGUGUGUCUCAUGAUGUUUUCUAGUGCCCAUAUGGUCUCAAUCCUAUAUAGACACAAGAAGCAUGUAAAGCAUCUUCAUAGUAAUAGCCUCUCCUCAAAAAUAUCCCCUGAAACCAGAGCUACCCAAGCUAUCUUGCUUCUAGUGGGCAUCUAUGUUCUGCUUAAUGUAUUCAGUCCAAUUUUCUCUCUGUGUAUGUUCUAUUUUAAAAACAUAAACACUUGGGUGAUGCAUACCUCAGCCUUUCUGUCUCUGUGGUAUCCAACAGUUAGCCCUUUUAUUCUGAUCAGCACUGAUAACCAGAUCCCCAGGACUUGUGCUCAUUAG